CAUGAACAAAAUCAGAUUUCAGCAUAACUGACCUUAAACCUUCACAGGAAUUUUAGGAGUUCAGCUCCAUUCACUCCUGUUCAUUGAGGAUUCUGUGCUUCGCCCCUGUCGGCUGAGUGAUGUACUGCACUGAUGUUUUGGUAUGAAGAUGAUGAGGAAGUGAGCAGAACGACAUCACUUCAGCAGAAGUAGAUAACCACAUUCAGAUCAUCAUAUCCUGAGUGUGCGCUGCUGAACGCUGCACGAACAUGGAGUAGUAAGCUGUCUGCAGUGUGUGGUAAGUCGUAACCCGUCUGUAUUGUGUGUUUCAGCUCCUAAUGAGAUCUUAGUUAUUUCUUUUUUGUCAGUUCGAGAGAUGGCGUUUAGGCAGCUUCUCGAGUUACAUUUAACUGGUGUCAGAUAUGAUCAUUACAGUAGUACGAAAACAGUAAUGAUGUACUAUUAAAAGGAAGCCGUAAUAUAACAUUAAUAACGCAAAUUAGUUUAAAACGUUAGAAAAUAUGCAAAUUAAACAUGACAAACUGAAACCGGUCAUCUGCGCAAAUACAGUUUCACAUUUAAAAAAUGUUUGAGUAGGCUUCUUUAAUGUUUUCCGACAAUAGGCUUAUUUAAAUGCGAUCUUCUUAAAAAAAUAAAUAAAUAAAUAAAUAAAUAAAUAAAUAAAUAUCUUAGACUGUUAGACUUCCAUCUCAUGCUGGAUAACGUACUACCUCUAGAAUUUUUAUGUUUUUUGUGUCACAUGUAUGUAAUUUUGGGAAAGAAAAAUUAAUCAGAGGUCUGGUAAAUGACAAUUACAUGUGUGGAAAAAAGAAAGAAAAAGAAAUCAUCUUCAAUGUGCUAUAAUUUAUCUUAGUCAAAUGGAAUGUAAAAAAACUUUUUUUAAUUAUGUUUGUUGAAUUUUUUCUUUUCUGACUAAUCCCCUGUUUACCUAGACAGUGAGGUUUGGCAGACAUUCUUCAGAGGAAAUCUAAUGCUGCUGGCCUGGUUUUAACUUUGAUUUAAGCUUCCUCUCUCUAGCGAUGUCUACGAAAACGUGGCCUCCUGGUACGCACUGUGUCGCCAAAAGUGACCACACAAAACCUAAACCCAAUGAAGUCUUCUAUCGCAAAGGAGACAUCCUUACCAUUUUAAGUUUGGAGUUGUUGAUGGGGAAGGCCAUCUACCGGGCCAAGCACAACAGGACAGGUGAAGAAGGUCUGAUCUUUGCUUCUAACAUGCGAGAACGUGAAGCCCUCCGUGUAGACCCCAGUCUCAGCCUUAUGCCAUGGUUCCAUGGGAAGAUCUCAGGUCCGGAGGCUGUCAGCAAACUGCGGCCGAAGGAGGACGGCCUGUUUCUGGUGCGCGAGUCCAUUCGGCACCCCGGUGACUACGUCCUGUGCGUAAGCUUUAAACAAGAGGUCCUUCAUUACCAUGUGAUCUACCAGGAAUCCAAGCUGACAAUUGAUGGGACGCAGUACUUCUACAACCUCAUCGACAUGGUGGAGUUCUACUCGAAGAACAAAGGCAUUAUUGCUACCACACUGCAGAAACCUAAAGAGAAAGAGGGAACUAAGUCAGCUGCACUGCAGCUAUCGAAAACGGGCUGGCUAUUAGAUCUCUCAAAACUUACUUUAGGAGAAAGUAUUGGACAUGGCGAAUUUGGAGCUGUGUUUCAGGGUGAGUACAUGGGCAGGACGGUGGCAGUGAAAAACAUAAAGUCUGAUGUCACUGCACAAGCUUUCUUGGAUGAAACUUCUGUUAUGACAAAACUGCAGCAUAAGAAUCUGGUGCAGUUAUUAGGAGUGAUUCUACACAAUGGCCUCUACAUCAUCACAGAAUUUAUGGCAAAGGGUAAUCUGGUGAAUUACCUGCGAUCACGAGGACGCUCAGUUAUCACCAAAGAUGAACUCCUGCAAUACGCUCUAGAUGUGUGUGAAGGGAUGGAGUAUCUGGAGUCAAAGAAACUUGUACACCGGGACCUGGCUGCCCGUAACAUCCUCAUAUCUGACGACAAUGUUGCCAAGGUCAGUGACUUUGGCCUGGCCAUGAACAACUGUCAGAGCAUUGACAACACAAAGUUACCUGUAAAAUGGACUGCACCUGAGGCCUUAAACAACAAGACGUUCUCUACACGGUCAGACAUUUGGAGUUAUGGUGUGCUUCUAUGGGAAACGUUCUCCUUUGGCAGACAGCCCUACCCCAAAAUGUCUCUGAAGGAGGUGAAGGAGCAGGUGGAGGCGGGAUACCGCAUGGAGUCACCUGAAGACUGUCCAUCUGAAAUCUAUGCCAUCAUGAGGCUCUGUUGGGAGAAGGACCCCAAAAUGCGACCAUCAUUCCAUAAGCUAAGAGAGCAUCUACAGGCUGAGCUGAACAAACAUGAGUCCACCACAGAGUCCUGACAUCAUUUUCUUAUUUUCAUUCGCACAUCUGCUUUCUUCAUAGCAGACCAGACAUUUUAUUUACAAAUAAUUACACUAUACUGUUCUGGACACAGUAACAACGUUCCUGCUUGUAAACCUGUUCAGCACGAUUUGACAUGGAAUGUACUCUCUACACUUCACUUGCUAAUUUAUUUUAAUUGUAGAUUAUUUUUAUAUAUCUAACACUUUAUUUCAAAAGAGCAUUUCAUAAUGGAUGUGUAAUCUACUUAAAUGAGCAUGCAGACCUCAAAGCAAAAGGCAGAAUGAAGCUCCUUUUUGUUUUGAAAGCUGGCAGACCUGAGGCCUGUUUCAUGAAGCCGGUUUACAGUAGGUGGCUACCCAGGAAAGUUUGAGUUUAGUUUGAGUUAAACUCUGUUUUUUCGGUCUCAACCAGGUGAAGUGGUUUUUAGCAGGUUUCAUCGCCAUGGUACUUGUGCUACACAGCUAACCUGCUCCAGAGCAGGUUUUAUUCUGGGUAAGCUCAAACUCAAACCCAACUUGGAAUAAUCAGCUGCGAGCUAAUUAUUAAUAAAUAAUAAAGGCACUUCGAAGGGAAAGAACUUUUAGGGACAGUCACAAUCCCCUGGCUUUCCCUGAUGACCAUCUGUAUGAAAGGUAUGGAUAUUCGGAAGAUGGUAUAGUUUAUCUGUGUCGGCUUCUUGUGCCUCACAUAAAAAAUUUGACACACUGAAGCCACACUUACUGUAGCCUUCCGCGAACUGUUUGCGUUGCUUUGCGGUUCUUUGCGAGUGGUACAGAAUUUUAUGUGGUGGCAUUAUUCCUGUCCUAAUAUAUUGUCACAAAUGUAUAUUUAUUUAUUCAUAUGUAAUUAAAAUAAUUUAUAUUAAAUGAUAUAUGUUGGGGUUAUACGUUUUCAAUCCGUUUAUUCUCACUGUGAGCCUUUAAGAGUAAAAUGAUUAAUUUACACAGUCAUCAAUUUUCCCGAGCUUUGGCAGCCGCAAAGGUGUGAUUUUUGCGGUUAGUGUAGGUUUAACUUCCUCAUAUUUUCGCAUAAUAAUUUCUUUCUCUUCAACCGGAAGUAGGUAUGCACACCUGCAUUUUUCCAUGUUGAACGCUAUUGGCUGUUUGUUGCAAACGUCUGGCUUUUAUGUGCACGCGCACGCUGAGUAAACCUCGAUUUAGAGUUUAAACCUGGGUUGGCUGAGAAAGUUGAUAACCAGCAUCAUGAAAACUGUUAACCUUAAUUAACCCGGAUUGGAUUUGUUUGGUUUUGUCAACUCAAAACUUGCUCUGCAACACAGAGUUUGUUCACCUCGCUUCGUGAAACAGGCCUCUGAAAAGACGGUUAUAAAAUGUUGCUAUGGAUUGUGGAUAUAUGGAAGGAAUAUGACCUCAGAUGAACGCAGAGGUUCAAAUUAAGGAGCAAACCUUUGAGAAAUUAGUGGAGAAGAAUCACCCUUUAAUCUACACAUCACAACACUCAGUGCUACAAUUUGGUCUGCUGAGAACUUUUGUUCUAUACUGCAUUUUUGAAAAUUUCUCUAAGAUAAUUCAUCUCCCUUUCUGUCUUCAGAAGAUAAAUGUGAACAGCAGAAAUGUAGGGGGAGAGAGAGAGACUCUUCUGGGAAUUAAAAUUCAAGAUCAUGAGUAUCUGCUUGUUUCAUGUUGUAAUUGUCUCGGAAUAUGCUAAGCUUAACAUGACAAAUCUGUAAUGUUAUUGCUGAUAUAAGAAAGGAAUUACACUCACUGUGGUUUAUCCAUGCAGAAUCUUAGAAUAACAUCAGAUUGCACCUAUUCUCUGGUGAAGUACUUAAUGUACGUUCACCAGACACCAAGCCAAGACAUUCUCAUAUGAUUAUUACAGCUCUAUCCUUUACAAAUCUUUUUUUUUUUUCAUUUACAUUUAUUCAUUUGGCAGAUGCUUUUUUAGACCGAUACCUUCAGAGGGGACUGUAGAUUACAGUACAUCACACUGUGUCGUAAACCACAUCAGUAAGCCUAUGUGACCAGUGAACAACUGGAUGUGGUUUGAAGCUGAUAUUGAUUGAAGGAUUUCUAUUAAAACUUACACAGCUUUCUCUUUACCCCAAACACCACACAUUGUAACUCAUUUCCAUUUAGGAUAAAAAAAGACAAAUUUUCAACUAUUCUUAUUUAACAUUUAUGGAAUGACUCUUCAAUGUUAGCGCUUAAAGUUAAAGUUGUAUCUUUAUGUUUACUGCCAUGGGAAAAUCUUGAUAAGCUGUAGUUUUUUCUUAUUUAAUCCUAACAAAAUGUUCAGGUCCAAAAAUAGCCCUAAAACAUUAAAGAGCCACCACCAUAUUUAACCAUGGGCAUGAUGUACUUUUCCAUACGGCUACCUCUCUGUUACUACAAAAUUUAAAGUUGUACUAAAUAAUCUAAAAUUUACUUCAAUUUUUUUUCUGAUAUAAAUUCAUACGGGUGCCAAUAAUUGUUGCUCACAUAUUUAACACUUUUUUUUUUUUAAUAAACCUGUGUUGUGUUUGUUUGAUAUCCAUGAAAGCAGAGUACAGCUAAUGCCUGACCCCUUUUUAAGAUACUAAGUAUAACUGCAGUUGUAAAUUAAUUGACGUUGUAUUGUUUGAAAGCAAAUACAACAGCAAGAGAAAGGGAACACAGAACUGGGGCCUUGUUUUACAAGAAGGAGAGAUUAGAGCAGAGCCUCUUGGCUUGAUCUUUAUAUUUUCCUUCUGAUUUGGUCCUAAUCCUCACCGGCUGAACUGUAAUCCACUACACAGAAGGCAUACGAAGAAGGAAGUCAUCAUAAAAUGAUGAAUGAGAUGGUAAAAAUAUGUGUUUACGGCUGACCUAGAAUAACCUGCAGUAGGUUACCAACAUGUUUUCCUCUUGUCUAGUGAUUCAGUGAUGACCUGAGAUUCAGGCACUGAACUGAGAUCAGACCUGAUGAUUUACAGGUAAUGAAAAGACCAUUUUUCAAAGCCCAUAAAGGUUCAGAAAUUUUGUAUAUGAAUUUCCUGCACAUGAUUCUUUUCUGCAAGCCAUAUGCAAUACACCUUUAAAUUUGUUUACAACCUUGAAAAGGCCAAAUAAUAUCAAUAUAGGAGUUCAGGGGUCCAUGGUGGAAGGAGAGGAACAUGACUAGCAGGUGAGUUGUUUAAUCAGACAAUUACUUGCCAAAGUAUGUCACUGUCUCUCCAGGAAGAGCUUUCUUAAUGGCUUUAAGGGAAUCGGAUGAAGUGUUAAGGAAGUGGGUUUAACCCCACAUGCUGUUCUCAUUGUAGUGCUUUCUGCCUCUCUACUGACCCACACUCCACCAAGGUCAACUGAGGCAAGAACCAACUCCGAAAAGGACAGACGGUUACAUCCAUUUUAAGGCAAAGUGCAUUUUAUGUUAACUGAUUGUCAGUCAAAUCAUA